AUGGAGUUGAUGGGGUCCACCCUAACAGCCACCUAUGCCCGUCCUAAAACCAGCCACUUCCUUCCUGCCAUCUCCACCAUGGCAUCGAGCUACCGCAACACCCAGCCAGCCUUGGCCAUGAAUCCUAGUGCCAACCAGUGGAGGACCAACAGCUACUACAACAGCAGCAACGCUAUACCAUCCCUGUCCUCCAUACAGAGAGAGAACCUCGACCUGGUUCGAGCCAAGACCAUGUUCUACCCAUCCAACAGGACGGCCCUGACCACCCGCUACACCCCUGGUGACUGGUACAAGUCCAACCAGAGCAACUACAGGGAGUCUGAGUCGUCCCGGAACAGUGCAGAGAGGCUGAGAAGAGACACCAUCAGGCUGAUACAGGACAAGGAGCAGCUGACCAGAAGAACUCAGGAAACCACCAGCAAAAACCUCGGAGAGCGUCUCAAUGACAUUGUCUUCUGGAGGUCCGAGCUGAGCCAUGAGAUUGACAACAUGGUGACAGAGAUAGCAGCCCUCACUGAGGUCAAGAGGAGGCUGGAGAGAGCCCUGGCAGAGACUGAGGGGCCACUACAGGUGUCUCAAGAGUGUCUCUAUCACAGAGAGAAACGUAUGUCCAUUGACCUGGUACAUGACGAUGUGGAGAAAGACCUCAUAAAGGAAGUGGAGGUCAUCAAGUCUUGCCAGGAAAGGAUGAGGCGGCAUUUGGACAGAGCCAUCGCUCAACUUGCGUCAAACCGAGCUGCUCAGCAUGAGCUGGAGAGAGACAUGAGUGACAAAGUGACAGCCCAGAGGAUAGAUGACAGGUGUCACCAUCUGAGGAACACAUCAGAUGGGAUCGGCUACUACAGAGGGAUCGAACGACAAGACCCCUCACUCUCUUUGCCUGACUCGUGGUCCAAGUUCACAGAUGACAACAUCCUGCACUCCCAGAGUGAACGGGCUGCCUCCCACAAGCUCAGGGAUGAGAUAGAGAUCCUGCUCAACACCACGUCCAAUGAGAUGUGGAACCAGUUCAACAAUGUCAAUAUAGCGUUCACCAACCGCAUAUCAGAAACUGCUGACGCUAAGAACAGCCUGCAGACACACCUGGCGAAGACCCUACAGGAGAUCUUUCAGACAGAGAUGCUGAUUGAUUCUUUAAAGAAGGCCCUGAGGGACAAGGAGUGCCCACUGAAAGUGGCUCAAACGAGGCUGGAGGAAAGGACCCGAAGGCCCAAUGUGGAGCUCUGCCGGGACAACCCUUACCACAGACUUGUGAGUGAGGUGAGGGAGAUCGAGGACACCAUACAGAAGCUUCAGGAGAGGCUGAUGGAGGCUGAGAGCACCCUGCAGAAUCUGGUGAAGACCAAGGUGAACCUGGAGCACGACCUGUCGAUCAAGGCCAACUCGCUCUUCCUGGACAAAGAGAAGUGCAUGAGCAUUCGCAAGAGCUUUCCCAGCACGCCACGUCUGGUGGGCUACACCUGA